AGGGGCAACCAAAGAUGGUACUAGGACACUAGAGAGCAAGGGAAGGGUUUAUGCAGGGCUUAUACCAGAAAAGAGGAAAACUCAUAAAAGUCUGCUACUUCUUCCCCAAGCAUAAGACAACUUCACAUCAAUCUGCAAUGGCGGUUCGGGAUCCUACCCAACUUUAAUACAAAGUCCUGGCAUAAAUUCCAAACCCUAGUUUCUCCAAAACCCUCCGCAUCUGAAUAAUUCCACAUGUUGAAGGCCUUAACCAGGUGCAGUUCUCGGGUCCCCUUAGGGGCUCACCUCCACGGUUACGUGCCCGCUAGAGAGCCCGUAUCAACAUUGCUGCGGGUGCCUCGAGGGCACAAUAGAAGUCCGCAUCUUUUCCGGAGGUUCUUUUGCUCUGACUCGACCGAUGGGUCCGACCCGGUUGACCCGGCCGGGUCAGAUAUGAAACGGGUCGAGGCGGGCGAAGAGACACCAGAGUCCAAGUCUUCAUCUGCUAUUGUACCUACUGUAGUUAAACCGGAAGAUUGUUUAACGGUUAUAGCAUUGCCACUGCCACACAGACCAUUGUUUCCUGGAUUUUAUAUGCCAAUAUAUGUCAAGGAUCCAAAAUUGUUAGCAGCUUUAGUAGAGAGUAGAAAAAGACAAGCCCCUUAUACAGGAGCCUUCCUUCUUAAAGACGAGGAAGGUACUGAGGGUUCAGAUGCAGAAAAGAACAUAUAUGACCUCAAAGGAAAGGAUCUGCUCAAUCGCCUUCAUGAAGUUGGUACACUUGCUCAGAUUACAAGCAUCCAAGGAGAUCAGGUUGUUCUCAUCGGUCACAGACGACUUCGGAUCACAGAGAUGGUCAGUGAAGAUCCUCUCACAGUUAAAGUUGAUCAUCUCAAGGAAAAACCAUAUGAUAAGGAUGAUGACAUUCUCAAGGCCACAUCCUUUGAAGUUAUAUCAACUUUGAGAGAUGUUCUGAAAACAAGCCCCCUUUGGCGAGAUCAUGCACAAACUUAUACUCAGCAUAUAGGUGAUUUUACUUAUCCAAGAGUGGCAGAUUUUGGAGCAGCAAUAUCAGGUGCCAACAAAUUACAGUGCCAGCAAGUGCUUGAAGAACUUGAUGUGCAUAAACGGCUAAAGCUCACAUUGGAGUUGGUGAAGAAAGAGAUGGAGAUUAGCAAGAUCCAGGAAUCUAUUGCCAAGGCAAUUGAGGAGAAGAUAAGUGGAGAGCAGCGUCGCUACCUGUUGAAUGAACAGCUGAAGGCCAUAAAGAAGGAACUUGGUUUGGAGACAGAUGACAAAACUGCUCUUUCUGCAAAGUUCAGAGAAAGGCUUGACCCGAAGAAGGAGAAAAUCCCGCAACAUGUUCUGCAAGUCAUAGAAGAAGAAUUAACAAAAUUACAAUUAUUAGAAGCGAGUUCAAGUGAAUUUAACGUGACACGCAAUUAUCUUGAUUGGUUGACUGCAUUGCCUUGGGGAGAAUACAGCGAUGAGAACUUCGACGUAAUUCAAGCACAAAAAAUUCUGGAUGAAGACCAUUAUGGAUUAACAGAUGUUAAGGAGAGGAUAUUGGAGUUCAUAGCAGUGGGGAAACUGAGAGGAACCUCACAAGGUAAAAUAGUAUGCCUCUCUGGACCUCCUGGAGUGGGAAAGACGAGCAUUGGUCGUUCCAUUGCCCGGGCCUUGAACCGAAAAUUUUACCGGUUCUCAGUCGGAGGUUUAUCUGAUGUUGCCGAAAUCAAGGGGCAUCGCCGAACCUAUAUUGGCGCCAUGCCAGGCAAGAUGGUGCAAUGUCUAAAAAGUGUGGGAACAGCUAACCCUCUUGUUCUAAUUGAUGAGAUAGAUAAGUUGGGGAGAGGACAUGCAGGUGAUCCUGCAAGUGCAAUGCUGGAACUCCUUGACCCUGAGCAGAAUGCAAACUUUCUAGAUCACUAUCUUGAUGUUCCGAUUGAUUUGUCCAAGGUUUUGUUUGUCUGCACAGCAAAUGUCGUUGAAAUGAUACCUAACCCCCUUUUGGAUAGAAUGGAGGUAAUCUCCAUUGCCGGGUAUAUAACUGAUGAGAAAAUGCACAUUGCGAGGGAUUACUUGGAGAAAACCACUCGGGAAGCAUGUGGUAUCAAACCUGAACAGGUUGAAGUCACAGAUUCAGCACUUCUUGCUUUGAUCGAAAAUUAUUGCAGAGAGGCAGGGGUCCGGAAUCUCCAAAAGCAAAUUGAGAAGAUAUACCGAAAGAUUGCUCUACAACUUGUGCGUCAAGGAGCUCAGGUCCAACCUGAUGAGGUAAAGGCUCAAUCUGGUUCUGUGUCUAAUGAAACUGCAGUUGAACGGGUAGAAGCGGAAACAGUAGAUCGUAGUAUUGAUAAAAAGGAUUCUGGAAAUGCGGUUGAAGCUGAAAUAGUGGACUCCCCAGCUGACCAAAUUCCAACUUCUCUGGAUCAAUCUGGCACUCUAGAGGAUACUUUGGAAGCUGAGAAGACAAAGGAAACUCCAGCUGCUGAAAAGUUGGAAAAGGUUUUAGUUGACUCAUCUAACCUUGUUGAUUUUGUUGGCAAGCCUGUUUUCCAUGCUGAGCGAAUAUACGAUCAAACUCCAGUAGGAGUUGUUAUGGGUCUUGCUUGGACCGCAAUGGGUGGCUCUACACUCUACAUAGAAACGACCCCAGUUGAGCAAGGUGAAGGUAAAGGGGCUCUCAAUCUCACCGGACAACUUGGUGAUGUCAUGAAGGAAAGUGCCCAGAUUGCGUACACCGUUGCCAGGGCCAUAUUGCUUGAGAAGGAUCCUGAGAACCCAUUUUUUGGCAAUACAAAGCUUCAUCUUCAUGUUCCUGCUGGUGCUACCCCUAAGGAUGGCCCAAGUGCGGGAUGCACCAUGAUAACAUCCUUGCUAUCUCUUGCCAUGAAUAAACCUGUCAAGAAGGACCUUGCAAUGACCGGAGAAGUCACGUUAACGAGAAAAAUUCUUCCUAUUGGUGGGGUUAAGGAAAAGACGAUUGCUGCGAGGCGCAGUGAUGUGAAGACCAUCAUAUUUCCUUCAGCUAACCGGAGAGAUUUUGACGAGCUGGCACCUAAUGUCAAGGAGGGCCUUGAGGUACAUUUUGUAGACGACUAUGCUCAAAUAUACAACUUGGCUUUUGGUGAAAAUCUGCAAACACAGUAAUAUCAUUUGGGCUUUCUCUCGAGCUCUUGGAUCUGGCAGUCCCCUUCUUGGCAGGAUUCUACACUUUCGUCAGCUUCAGUAGCUUCAGAAGUUGGUCAAAAUUGCUAUUCUUACUGUCUGUAUACUAAAUUUUAUACGUCAGGAGUGAUAUCCUCAUUCAUUUAUUCACAAACUGAAGCCUUCUUCUGUAGCAACUCAUUGAUCUUCUAUACACGAUGCUUAGAUGUUAUCCAGUUCCAUUUGCCAAUAAAAUGAAGAGUAGAGUUUCUCAGCCUGGUAA